AGGAAAGAGAUGGAGAAUUAUCUCUUCCCUCAGGAAUUCCUUACUGAUGGUUGGCUGAGCUCCAGUCCCACUAUCUGGGCAGUUAAUGCCACCCUUGCCUUCGUAUGGGGACUGGGACUCCUCUUCCUCUUACUUUCAUAUUUCCAGCCUGAUCCAUCCUCACCACCGGGCAAGAAACACAGGAAGAGCAGGAAGUACCAAGCGGAGCCAUGGAGAAGGAGCAAGAGGGGAAGGAGCAAGAAAAACCAGACUCUGAAAGUUUUCAGAGAUUGCCUACAGGAUCUGGAAGAGGUUCAGGACCUGUUCUCCCUUCUGCAAAGCCGCCUGGCGAGGCUUUCUGACCAGGGCGGCUUUCACCAGUUCUUCCGUCAAGCAGCCCCUGGGCCGGUGCGCCGAGGGGCGCCAGCUGGAGCCCGUCAGCCAUGCAGGGAGCCUGUGGAAGACGCUGCUCCCGCCGUGGCCCCAUCACCUGCCCACGCUCCGCUGACGGGCCCCCCUCGGCCUCUGGCCUCCACCCUGCCAUCAGGACCAAUGACCUCCUCAAUUUCUGUCAGUUCACACUCCUCCCUGAGUACUUACUGGCCAGCAGAGCCUUUCCUCCCCCCGGAUGGCUUUUCACACCAGCCCCUUGCUCUUCCCCCUUCCCCGCCAUGUCUCCCUCUUUCCGAGGCCUCCCCUAGGCCUCUGACAGCCUCCUUGGCCCCAGAGCGGCCGGACUCUCCUUUGACUCUCCGUCAGUGUGACUCAAGGGCACCCCCGCCGUGCCCCAUCCCACAGAGCUCUGCUCCGCACACGCCCUGGUCAGCUGACAGGUCAGCUUCUCCUGUCCCAGCCAUCUCGGGCCUGGGCCGCUCACGCUCCCCCAUUUCGGCCCUGUCCUGGUGGCAGGCGCCCGCCAAUGCCUGGAACCUGUCCACCUCAGCACGCUUGGAGUCCCAUCAGGCGCCUCUGUCCCACGGCCCACUAGAGGCCUUGUUCUGGGGAGACCCCACACACAGACAGGGAGAGACCAGGAUCCCCCCUUCCAUCAACCCGGACAUCCAGAAGCUUCUGGAGAUACUCACCACCAAGAGAACAGAACUGAAGUUUUGGAAGGAGAAGGAAAAGUCAAAAUACCAGCUGACGUCUUUCGGGAGAAUGCUCAAGUCCCCAGCUGACGGGCAGGACACCAUGGGCUGCCCACCCUUCUGGAGCAUGAGGGGCAGAGCGAAACAGCUGCUCGGUCCUGAGAAGCCCCCACAUCCCAAGAUUCCAGGGGACAAUUUGGAGCAGAAAUGCAGCCAGCUCUUCUGGGGUCUCCCCUUUCUGCACAGCGAGUCCCUGGUGGCCACUGUCAGGGUGACCGAUCCACCACUGGAGCUCCCGUCUGUCAUAUUCAAUGAGCUCUCUCAUGCCUUGCCGCUCCAGAUUCAGGCCAGCCUGGCUCCAUGCCUCUCCCUGACCCAGGACUUACAGGACCCUUCAGCCCCGCCCCAACCCUUGACCCUGAGCUUGUCCCAGCCCCAGCCCCUCCCUCUGGAUCAGACCCAGCCCCUCCCUCUGGUUGGACUGCCUUCUCUGCCACCUGAUAUGGAGAGCUGCAAGGUGUCUUGCUCUGUAGCCCAAAAGACACCAUCUUAUGUGUCAACUGCCCUUCAGAACCUGGAAUGUCACUUUCUGAAGAAGCAACUAGAAAGAGACAAGGAUGGCCAGGCCCCCGAGGGCCAUGGGUCAGACUCUGUCCUUCCUGGGGACUUGGUCAACUCUGAGCUCCGGGAGCAACUGGAGUGGCACCUUUGGAAGAGGCUCAUGAAGCAAGAAAGGGGCCCGCCCCGCAGGAUCCAGCUAUCCCUGAAGAUACAGCCUCAACAAGAGUUCCAGAAGGUUCUCAAGCCUAUAAACCUCUUCAAGUUGAAGAAGGGCUUCCUCCUCUCCCGGCCCUCCCUUCCCCGCUCAGCCACCUGCAUAUCCAAGGCCAGCUCGAGCACCAAGUUCAUGGGAAAUCCUCCUCAGCCUUAUCAAGGAGAGGGGACCAGGCCACCUUCUCGGACCUUCACAUACAGCUUUGUGGGCAGAAUCUGGCACAGUGAGACUGCCUCGAAGACUCUUAUGAAUAGGACCUUGGAGUCAAGUCCAAGUCCAGUAACAGCCACGAAGGAGCCAAGGAGGGCGAAUGGGGGUUGGGCCUCACGGGACGUGACCGUGCUAGAGCUCAGCUUAGAGCCCCAGGAUUUGAGUGUCAAAGAGCCCGGGGAGGUCGAGGAGGCCCCUGCCUGGGGAGUCACCUUAGAACCCCGUGUGCUGGCCAACAACCAAGGCCUCCGUGGCGAGCUGAGAUCAGGGUCUUCAGGGAAAAGCGACAGCCCCCCGCCACCUACAAAGUUGGUCACCCGAGACCCCGAAGAGCUAUGCCUUGAGGCUUGGCGCAGGGGGUCGGAAUCCCGGAAGUUGAUGGAGACAGAGAACCGGCCUCGGGCUGCCAGCCCCACCGUGCUCCUUCAAGACUGUGAGACUGGGGUCCUCCUUCAAGACUGUGCCACUGAGCGUCUCCUUCAAGACUGUCAGUCCAACGUGUUCCUCACUGCCGACGUCUUGGCUUCUCAGGGAUGUCUGUCUGGCUUCCAGAGCGGGUCCAGCGAAGACACAUCUACUUCCCAGGUGCCACGUGGCCCAAGAUCCCGUGGCCAGAGCCCCCACAGGCAGCCGGGACCCCCGGGACUGCGACACCAAUGGAAGAGCCUGAGCAGGUCAUGUGUCCCCCCCGAGGAGAGAGAGAGCUCCAGGAGGUCCCCCUCAAGAGAGCCUGACAAACAGUCGUCCGAACUGAAGCUCCUCCAGAUCAGUGAGGUGACACGCCCCGUCCAGAGCCAGGAGUCAGCAGAGGCCUCGGGAAGCAAGGCCUGUGAGAUCUCGCUGAAGAAGGAGGCGGCGCCUCCGGAAAAUUACUUCAGGAGAAGGAUGAAGCACCUGCUCCAGUGGUUCCUUCCCAGUAGAGGCAAAGGACUGGAAGAUUCCCUUCAAAAGGGCAAGUCUUCCUCAUCCCAGGGCCGGGGACAAGCCACGGGUAGGUCGGCCAUGGACAGCACUUCUGCCGAGGCUCAGGUGGUCGUGACUGCUGUGGGGCAGAUCCUAGAGGAGAAAAUGGUGCCUCACCAGGGACUCCGGGCCCCGGAGUUCAGCUGGUGCCAAAAGGAUCUCCAGGCUUCGGCAGACCCCAGUGUCUGCUACCACAGGGUCCUCUCCUACCAAGAGCAGAGGAGGGUGAUGAGGGAGACAGCCAGGCCACAGGGCACCCCCAGGGGCCACAGCUAUGCCAACAAGACCGAGUGGAUCGCGUGGCCCUUCCCAGCCCAG